CAAAAAAUAAACAAAAUUCACUUAAAAUAAUGCCAGGCAAGCAGGUCAGCUUCGACGAGAAGAACCUCCAAGGGGAGAGUCCAAGUGGACCGGCAGGCCGCCCACGCCCGGGCCCGGGCCCGCGCCGUGCAGGAAGGCCUGCAGCAGAAGUGCCGGCGCAGCCCCAGAACGGGAGAGAUGGGCCUGUCCUCAAGCGACGUCUUUGAGCACCAGCAGGGAGCCGGCACCGAGGACUUGGAGCACGCGCCGCCACCCAAAGGACCCUGCCGCAAAAGGCUCGGGAAACUGUCACUUGAUCGCUGACCCGUGUCAAGCCUCGGUGGCACGUGUGGCCGUGUGCACCUGAGCCUUUUUGCAGCUAAUUGAAUUACAAUUUUUGACUGCCACAACCCCCACGCAGAUUCAUUCCCUAGGAAGAUCCUGGCACGUAUGCGACAGGAAGGAGUUCCCCCUCCCGUUCCCCUUCCCCUUCCCCCAGUAUGACAACACAAGCCGAAAAAGAAACCAUGAAUCUCCCGAAGCAAAUAAACAAAUUACAACAGA